AUGGCCGACACUGAAUCGAAGGCCACACCCGCCGCUGAGCAGAACUCUUCUCCAGCCACUACUGAGCAGAAGACCUCCACCACUCAAGCAUCUACCGUCACCGAGACUGCGACCGCGGCCGCCUCCAAUGUGGCCAGCACGGCGACAGCAGCUGCUGCUGGCGUGAAGGACUCUGUCUUCUCGAUGUUUGGUGGUGGCGCCAAGAAGGAGAAGAAGGAAGAGGUUGAAGAUGAGGAUGCAAAGAACGAGCCCAGCGGAAGUUCGAAAGCCAAGAAGGAUGCUGAGGACGAUGAUGACGACAAAGCCGAGGAGGAAGAAGCCGAUGUCCACUUUGAGCCCGUCGUAAAGCUUACCGAGAAGGUCGACACAAAGACACACGAAGAGGCCGAGUCGGUUGAGUUCAAGAUGCGAGCCAAACUCUUCAAGUUCGACCGCGACAGCGUGAAUGGAAGGAACGAGGUACUGGCGACAGACAAGACUCUGAAGGUGUGCGCCAAUCACUAUGUCACCCCAGAUAUGAAACUGUCUCCCAAUGUUGGAAGCGACCGCAGCUGGGUAUGGAACGUCGCGGCGGAUGUCAGUGAGGGCGAGCCUGAAGCAUCAACUCUCGCCAUCCGGUUCGCCAACUCUGAGAAUGCCAACUUGUUCAAGGAAGCUUUCAUCAAGGCUCAACAGGAGAACGAGAAGCUUUUCGGUUCCUAG